CCGAACAUAUAAAACCGGCAUAGCACCGCGGUCUGGUGGUUGUAUAUCGCUGACAUUAACCCAUCAAAGUUUGAUAACCAAGUAGAAGAAUUGAAGAUGGCCUUGAUCAAGGCAAUGCAGCUGCUUGCUACUGCUGUGUUCCUCGGCUGGCUCGUGAUAUGGAUUAUGAUGCCUACCGCUACGUACACAAAAAAUUGGUCGCCGAAGCUCCGGGCACAGACUAACUCCACGUACUUUGGACGGCAAGGUACCAGCAUUUUGAUCUACACAUUUCCGAUCCUGUUCAUUGCAGUGAUUGGUUGCAUUUAUCUCCAUCUCGUGAAGAGAAUCGACAAUUGUCGGAGAUCAAUUAGUGAUACGGUGGCAUGGAAGAGGCCUGUGCUUGUGAAUUGGCCGCUGGGAAUCGUUUCUGGCGUAGAGUUAACCUUCUGCUUGAUGUUUUUGGUGCUCCUCAUCUGGUUCUACUCCAAAUACCUGACUACAAACUUCUCCAAACUACAACCUUCCGACGAUAGAGAGGAAUUAUGGAAAGCGAGACUGGACGCUGCGGCUCACCGCUUGGCGUUGGUUGGGGACCUUUGUUGCGCCUUUCUCUUCUUCCCUGUCACGCGUGGAUCGUCGAUCUUGCUGCUUCUCGGGCUUACCUCUGAAUCCAGUAUCAGAUACCACGUUUGGCUGGGACAUAUCACCUUGGCUGUCUUCUCGACGCAUGGCGUUUGUUACGUAAUUUACUGGGCGGUCACCAACCAAAUGGAUGAGAUGCUGAAAUGGGCCAACGCCGACGUCGCCAAUGUGGCUGGAGAAAUAGCUCUGCUCGCCGGAGUAAUUAUGUGGGCGACAACAGUGCCGCAAAUAAGACGCAAGAUUUUCGAGCUCUUUUUCUACACGCAUCAGCUCUACAUGGUCUUCCUCUUCUUCUACCUGAUGCACGUCGGCAUCUCUCACUUCUGUUUUAUCCUUCCUGGCGUUUACCUUUUCAUGGUCGAUCGUUACUUGCGAUUCCUGCAAUCAAGAAACAGAGCGAGGCUAGUGUCGGCUCGCCUUUUGCCAUCGGAGGCGAUCGAGCUAAACUUCGCCAAAUCCCCAAAACUUACUUACGAGCCACUGAGCACCGUUUUCAUCAACGUCCCAAGCGUUUCAUCACUCCAGUGGCAUCCAUUCACGGUGACCUCUAGCAGCAACUUGGAACCCGAGAGACUGUCUGUGAUCAUCAAGAAAGAAGGAACCUGGACACAAAAUCUCCACAGGACAUUAGCUAAGCCCCUUGUUCACGAUUGUCUCCAUGUUAAAGUCGAAGGGCCCUAUGGUCCUCUGUCAAAGAACUUCCUGAGGUACGAUUCCUUAAUUCUAGUGAGCGGCGGCAGUGGAAUCACACCUUUUGUCUCAAUUAUUCGCGAACUGGUACACCAAAGAACCACUCUCAACAGACCAACCCCUGUCGUCCUCCUCAUCUGUGCAUUCAAGACCUCAGCUGAUCUCACCAUGCUCGAUCUCCUCCUCCCCAUAUCUGGGAAUGUUUCGUUUUCUCGCUUGGACCUUCAAAUCGAAGCCUACGUAACUAGAGAGAUAUCGAAAUCACCUUCAGACGAUGCGCAAAACAUCAUCCGAACUAUUUCGUUCAAGCCUCUCCAAUCCGACACUCCCCUUGCUCCACUUCUUGGUCCCAACGGCUGGCUCUGGUUGGCUGCGAUAGUGGCGUCCUCAUUUGUGGCAUUCCUCCUGCUCAUUGCCAUUCUCCAACGUUUCUACAUAUACCCAAUUGACCAGAACACGAACGAAAUCUACUCUUACGCUGCAAAGUCGUCAUUAAAUUUGCUCUUCAUGUGUAUUUGCAUAAUGGCCACAGCGAGCAUGGCGGUUGUAAGGAACAAGAAAGGGAACUCUAAGGAAGCGAAACAGAUUCAAAAUGUUGAUAUGCCGACACCAGUAAUUUCUCCCAGUUCCUGGUUCUAUAAUGCAGAUAGGGAGUUGGAGAGCCUUUCGCAGGAGUCCCUUGUGAAGGCCACUAAAGUGCAUUUUGGAGGAAGACCACCACUCAAAAAGAUGCUUUUGGAAUACGAUGGAUCGAAUGUUGGGGUCAUGACAAGCGGUCCUCAUGGUAUGCGCCAUGAAGUAGCAGCCAUUUGUUCUUCCGGUCUUGCAGACAACCUGCAUUUUGAAUCCAUUAGCUUCAGCUGGUGAUGAUAUUUUAUAUGUGCUUUCUGCUUCUUGAUUAAGAUAUUUGAACAAGAUAACAUGUGAAGUAAAUGGGUAUAUGGCUGAUGUUUUCGCAUGUAAGACGAAUAACUGUCUGGCCAUGUAUAAGAUAUUUGAACUAUUAAGCUUAUGCCACUUAAACAGUCCGACUGUUAA